CCGCAAAAUAUAGCUCUCAGCCUUAUGGAAAAUCUUUAGAAUUUUCUUAAAUCAAACAGUUCUUCGUUUUGCCGUUUAAAUUAGCAGAUACGACUACUCGGCUUGAGCUUUUCAAUCUGAAAAACUUGCCAAUUUGCGGGAAAUAACUGAACUGAACAGGCCAUUUGACAGCAAGUAUUCCAGUAGUUUUUAUCAAUGUACAUGGGGUUUUUGUUGGGAGCUUGAGAUGGAUGAUUCUGGGGCUUUAUCAGAUUAUAAUGCUAGUUCUGCAUGUUUAUUGAGAGAGUGAAUUUGUGUUGAUUAAUGGGCUUGGUUGUUUGAGGCUCCAAAUAUGGAAAACAACAUUGGGUAGCUCCUCUGUUUUAGUAGGUGACUGUGAGUGUGUGUGUUUUACUAUUUGUUAAGGGGUCUGUGUAUGUGUUUCCUAUUUGUGCUGUUAAUUUGUUGUUAAAUUAUGGAUUUUGUUAAUUUGUUACGAGGAACUGUUCCUUCAACUUACUGGUUGAUAGCUUGUUGUAUUUGAAUUUUGCCUGAAUGGAAUAAAAGGCUGAAGCUUUAAGGCUAUUUAGUUUAAGAUGCUUAUUUGGAAGGGUUAAACUACUUUAGUUAUCUCAGUGGCUGUUUAAUAUGAUUCUCUUCUGUAUAAGGUAACUUAGUUUGAUAACAAAUUUGGAUAUUUAGAGAUUUAAACUUUUGAUGUUGCAUGAUAAUUUUCUGUACAUUAACUUGAAAUAUUACUACGCUAGGGUUGAAGUUUUUGCCACUGGGGUCUUUUAAAAUCUCUUUGAUCCAGCGUGUUAUUCUGCCUUACCUUUGUUCGAAACAUUACUUUGUAGCUGUUGAUGGAAAAUGUUGGGAUCAGUAUGGAAAGGAAAAAAAAGUUCAAAUCAGUAAGCUAGGUACAGUAUGUUCAGUUUGGAGAAUAUUUUAUAACAACAUAGAGAAAGUGCCCUAUUGAUACAUAUAAAAAGAUGAAUGAUUUUUUUUUUUAGGUAAUUGCAUGUAUUCUUGCUUUUUCCUUUUAGUAACUUCUGAAUUUGCGGCUAUUAAGCCACUUUCGUAAGAUGCAUUGAACUCUUUCGUUUAUUGGUUUGUAACAUGCCAUAGUUAUCGUCGAAUCUAUGCUUUGUUGCUCUUUGACAUCUUAUUACUACUUGUCAUAUGAGUCCUUUCUUGAAGCUAUAAUUUAACAUCUCGUUCUUUUUUGGACAGGUAACAAAGUGAUGCUAAAACUAUCUUGAAUGUUGUUUGGAUAACAAAUGAUCUGAGAAUUGGAAUCAUUGACUGAUUGCUCAUUCGUCACUUCACGAGUAUUAUCAGUCACUGCCCAUAACAAGUUGUAUCAAUAGAUACUGUGAAGAAAACGCUUCCUUGAAAUGGAAUGUAACAAAGAUGAGGCAAUUCGGGCCAAAGAAAUUGCUGAGAAGAAGUUGGCUGAGAAGGACAUAUCAGGAGCUAAGAGAUUUGCUUCCAAGGCUCAAGAUUUGUUUCCUGGACUUGAGGGACUUUCUCAAUUUCAAGAGGUACUGGACGUGUUUACUGCUGUUGAAAGUAAAGUAAAUGGAGAAGUAGAUUGGUAUAAGGUCCUCGGCGUUGAUCGUUUCGCUGAUGAUGAAACAUUACGAAAGAAGUAUAGGAAAUUGGCCCUCGCUGUCCACCCUGAUAAGAACAAAUCUGCUGGUGCAGAAGGUGCAUUUAAAAUCAUUUCUCAGGCAUGGACUUUGCUGUCUGAUAAGGUUAAGAAAGCUGUUUAUGACCAGAAACUGAAUGUAAGGGCCACACAUAAUAAGUUUACUGGUGUGAACCCAUCAGUGCAUGGUAGGUACAAUUUCAGCAGUUCAUCUACAGCAACCAGGAAGCCCUCUGGCCCUUCUUAUCCUUCCACUGCUUCUACUCCCAGUAAAUCAAACGGUGGUACCAAGUUCACUUGUUCACCAACAGCUGCCCGGUAUUCCUCCGCCUCAUCUAAUCCUCAGCCCAAUACUACUCCCAAUAUGUCAAAUGGCAGUACCAGGUUCUCCAGUUCAUCAACAACUGCCAAUAAUUCCUCUAACCCAACUAAGCCUCAGACUGACUCUACCCCCCGUAAAACAAAUAGCAAUACUUUCUGGACUUUGUGCAAGCGAUGCAUGAUGCGAUAUGAAUACGUGACUCUUUACCUGAAUAAGAAUCUUGUGUGUCCCAAAUGUCGCCUGCCCUUCCUGGCGACAAUGGUGCCUCCUCCACCUCCAAAGCGCAACACAUCAAGGAAUAUUUACAGAAAGCAGAACGGUGUUAAUCCAGCUAGUAACACAUCAUCUGAUUUGAAAGUGGAAACUACUAGAAUUUCAGAGAGCAGGGACAGUGUUCCACAGAACUCAUUUUUCAACUCUGGUGGUUCAAAUAUGUCAACACCAGCCAUGGAUGCUGCACAAACUGUGCGUGAUAUGGCAACAAGAGAUCGUAGGAAGAGAGGGCGUGAAGAGCCAUUUCGUGCCACAGUUAAUUUAGAGACUGUUGGGAAGAAGAGUAAUGCCACUACUAAGACUGAUGGUACAUCGACUAACAAUGUUUCCAUUUUUGGCAAAGGAGCAAAGUCAGCAAAGAAGACGUGUAAAUGAACUCAAAUCGACUUUGGGAAGGGAUGGUCAGAAUGACUACCAAAAUUGUGUAAGUGACCCCAUUCCAAAGGGUCUGAAAGAGUCGUUGCAUUCUAGGUCAGUUGUUGCAGACGCAAAAAACUAAUGAUAUAUGACCAUUAAUUUGCCUUAUCCAGAAUUUAUGAUUUUGUCGAGGGUGGAAUAGCUGAAAACCAAGUUGUGGAUAUGAUAAACAAAGAUGGGGUGUCUUGGUUUUAUGCUUUCAUGCAUGGCAUGAUCUCGCAGAAUCUGUUAAAGUUUGCAUUACUGCAUUAGCUGUUGAACAUUAAAAGCUACAACGUGUUGGAUCCUGUAUUGUGUUUGCCGUGGUGUUACUAUGACCUGUGGAGAGUUCAGAGUUGGCAAGCAUUUACUCUUUAACAAAUUUAAAUACUUUUGGACACGGGAUUGAGUAGAUUAAAGGUUCUAGUAUUUGCAUCCUCCCAGGAAAGGGAAUAUCUGGCUUUUCACAGGAACUGGUCUUUGGAUUGGAAGGAGCUACAGCUAUAUGAUAUGUGGAAGUAGUUAAAGACUGCUAUGCAAUGAUGAGCAAGGUGUUGCUGUUUCUCCCUUGGUCAAAGUAAUAGGAUUCAGGUCUUUCACUGCCAAUUAGACCCAAGCAAGGCGUUUACAAUUCCAAUGCAAGAUAUGGUUAUAUUUUUCAUCAGGUACUUCUUAUUGGUCAAGAAGCCGUAACUGCUCCGGAGUUUUGUAGAGAGAGCUGCUGAAUAGCGCUGCCAUGCCCAAAAAAAAAAAAAAAAAUUCUCCAGAUCAUGAAAGAAACCAGGUGGAAGUACAGCUGGGGAACUAUCUGGAAUGGGAGACUCAGAGGCAAUGAUGAAUGCGGACAUGCUAAGGAUUUUCUGGCAGCAGAAAUUCUCAAGUCUUUCGAGGAAAACCAAGGUAGAAAAAACACAAGACACCAGCAUCAGAAAAGAAGUAGUUUUCAUGUGUCUCUUCGGGUGCCAAUGAUUCACGGCAACUUUUACUCUCUUCUAUCUAGCUUUCUAUCUAGCUGCACUUAGUGUGGGUUAGGUGAAGAAAAUUUUGUAGAUGAUUUAGUCUUUUUACGAUUAUGUUCUGGUAGGCAUCUUCGAAUUCAUAUUGAACAGAACAGUGUAUAGGAAGAGCCUGAGACAGCAAUUUCUAGUGCAAUACAAGAGGUUUUAGGGCAGUUUCUCCUUUUCAUUUCUGGCAUUCGCUGUCUGUAUUUGCCAACUGCUUUCUGCAUAAAUUGGAGAUCCAGAAACUUGAGUCGAUCUUGUGUUAGAACUCAAGAAAUACCUGAUGAUCGUCAUUCAUCUCCUUUGAGGAAACAGAUACCGCGAUUGUUUCAUUGCAUUGCGAAGAUUACUCGAAUUCUUCUUUGCAACUGCAAGUAUCUGUUUACCUCUGGAAAACUCAUACGUGGGAAGCUCAAGCAAUGGUGAAGCAAGGUUCUUCAGCUCUUUGCCGGUAAUGGCACUCAUCAAUACUUUCCAAUUGAUCAACAUAACUGUAAGUUCUCUACAAACCUCUAAUAUUAUUAAAGUCUAAAUGGUGGGGAUAUAAUUGUAAAUUCUUGAAGAAGAUUGAAGUGUCACAAUAAAUUACUGGGGCGGGUAAAAAAAAAAAUUAUAACUAUUGCACUUGACAAUUACCUUGCCAAUAACUAUAGUCAAAGACAUCAUCUUAUCACCC